GCAGCUCCUACAGCAUCCAGCAUCCAUCCAUCCCCGCCUGCCCGCCCGCCUGCCUGGGGAGUAGCAGUCCUACCCGGCAGCACCGACGCACGGAGGGGGCGCAUCAUCUAAGUGAUGCCACAUUAUCAGUCGUAUUUCGACAACAAAAACUGCGAGUAGAUCCGAAAAGCAGGGAGAAAGAAAUCGCUUCAGCCACGAAGACAUCAACUGCACAUGAAGAUGUCUAACGCUGACAUCGUCUUAAACGCCGCCGAGAGGGUGGUGAAAUCUGUCCCCUUCCCCCUGAGCCACCGCCUUACAAUGAAGGAAGUGUUCGACUGCGAAGGGAAACCUCGAGUGGACCUCCUGAAGGCUCACCUCACCAAGGAGGGCCGUGUGGAGGAGGCCGUGGCACUUCGGAUCAUCAACGAGGGAGCAUCGAUCCUGCGUCAAGAGAAAACCAUACUGGACAUCGAGGCACCAGUCACAGUGUGUGGUGACAUCCACGGGCAAUUCUUUGAUCUUAUGAAGCUGUUUGAAGUGGGAGGAUCGCCAGCCACAACGCGGUACCUGUUCCUCGGGGACUACGUCGACCGCGGCUACUUCAGUAUCGAGUGUGUUUUAUACCUCUGGUCGCUGAAAAUCCUCUAUCCAAAGACACUAUUUUUACUUCGUGGAAACCAUGAAUGUAGACAUUUGACAGAAUAUUUCACCUUCAAACAAGAAUGUAAAAUCAAGUACUCGGAGCAGGUCUACGACUCGUGUAUGGAUGCGUUUGACUGCCUUCCUCUGGCUGCGCUCAUGAACCAACAGUUUCUGUGUGUCCACGGUGGACUCUCACCUGAAAUACACACCUUAGAUGACAUUAAAAAGUUGGAUCGGUUCAAGGAGCCACCGGCGUUUGGGCCCAUGUGUGAUCUGCUGUGGUCUGAUCCUCUGGAGGAUUUUGGCAACGAGAAAACCCAGGAAUAUUUCAGCCACAACACAGUGCGAGGCUGCUCCUACUUCUACAGUUACCCAGCUGUGUGUGAGUUCCUACAGAGCAAUAACUUAUUAUCAAUCAUCCGAGCACAUGAAGCACAAGAUGCAGGCUAUCGGAUGUACCGUAAGAGCCAGACUACCGGAUUCCCAUCUCUCAUAACCAUCUUCUCAGCGCCAAACUACCUGGAUGUUUACAACAACAAAGCUGCUGUGCUGAAAUAUGAAAAUAACGUCAUGAACAUCCGACAGUUCAACUGUUCACCUCAUCCCUACUGGCUGCCAAACUUCAUGGAUGUCUUCACCUGGUCUCUGCCAUUUGUUGGCGAGAAAGUCACAGAAAUGCUGGUGAACAUCCUGAGCAUCUGCUCUGAUGAUGAACUCAUGAAUGAUGAAGAUGAGAUCUUUGAUGCCAAUGCAGCUGCAGCACGCAAGGAGGUGAUCAAAAACAAGAUUCGUGCCAUCGGGAAAAUGGCCAAAAUGUUCUCAGUUCUCAGAGAGGAGAGUGAAAAUGUGUUGACGCUUAAGGGCCUGACGCCCACUGGCAUGCUGCCGAGCGGGGUUCUCUCUGGAGGCAGACAGACACUGCAGAGUGCCACCAUUGAAGCCAUUGAAGCCAUCGAGACGCAGGAUAAGGACAGAGAAGCUAUCCGUGGCUUCUCCCCGCAGCACAAGAUCACCAGCUUCGAGGAGGCAAAGGGCCUGGACCGCAUCAACGAGCGCAUGCCACCACGCAAGGACGGGGUGAACCAUGUUGGCCACUCCAUGGGGAAGAUGAAUAUGUCGGAGGCGAAUGGCACCGAUGACAACAGCAACCUCCAGUGAUGUGCUGACUGAGCCUCACAACCGUGCCGCUGUCGAGCUGUGCAGCAAGACAUUGCCAAAAUCGGGAAUUCAGGCCUCAGAAAUAAACCAGGCCCACAGACAGAACAUGAAAUCUGCAGCAAAUCUACUCUAUAAACGGGCGAAAAGGUCAUUUUUUUCAUGACAGUAUGUCAUCGCACGGAUUGGGGGAAGGGGGGAGCAGGGGGCGGAGAUAAAGAGAGUCCAGCUGGCUGCAACUUGACUGGAAAAAGUGUGGUUGAGAAAUUGUCUCUGCCUGUUCUGUUUCUCGACUGAGUAACAGACUGGAUUGUUUGGGGCUGUGUUGUUCUGAGUGCUGACAAACAUCUGCUCCUUCAUUGCAGGGCCUGAUUGAUGACAUAAUUGCAGUAUCCAUGCCACACGAAUCAUUUUACUGUUUCCUAAGUGUUUAUUAUGAAUCACUCACAAGUUCACUUCAUGAGGACACUGAUCUUGUUUACCUUCAUGUUUUGCUAGUAUUAACAAGUCACGCCACUUUGUGAGCAAGAAAGCAAAAGGAAAGGAAGCGAUUUGUGUACCUCUUAAAACUUGCAGUGCAAUCUUACCGCUGGACUUGAAUUUAUUGAUUUACCUUGUAGUAAGAUGCUGUCAUGCUGAAAGGGAUAGAGGACAGGGUGUUUUUGUGUAUUGACUGCUCUCGCUGGGUAUUUCCCAGUGCCCUCUAGUAAUGCUCCUUUCCUCCCCUCCUUUGUUAUCAGUCAACUCCUAGCAAGAAUUUACUUGGAGGGGAUGAGGAAAGAAAGGGAGGGGAAGAAAGGGGCAUUUGGAGAUUCAAACACCAUAUUAUCACCAACAUUGACAUCUUAAAAUGUCCCAAAAAGGACCCACCUAUCCCAUGAAGAUGCAGCUUCAGACACAUGCGUAGGCGAAUGUCAAACAUCAUCCUUAGAGAUAUAUUUUAAACCCCCUACUUUAAAUGUUUGGGUAGUGCACUUCAUAGAAGCAUGGCAUUUAUUAAGACAAUACCUCACAUAUGUGGAAAAUCAUACAUUUCACUCUCCAUAAAGUGUACACUUGAGCAUCCUUCGCUGAAGAUCGGAUCGUGGUUUUCUCAUCUAUUCUGCACUGCUAAACCGGCAGCAACAUCAGUAUCACAGGGAAUACAAGAAGAUGAACUUUGGGACGGACUCUGCUGUCAAACACCAUCAUUAUUUGUCAACUGCUUGUUGCUAAAGAGAAAGUACAAAGAACACGUAAGAGCCCGUUGAGUUUUUGAACUUUUUGUGCGCUGCAAUUUCAAUGAGAUUUCUUGCCUAAGAGCUAAGCAAAGUAAUAUAUCAGAGUAAGAAGGAAAUUCUACAAAUUUGUAAAGCUAUACAACUGAAAUCACUGUUAAGAGAUUAUUUUAAAACUACAAACUAUUGUCUGAUUUGAAGAAGCAUCCAGAUAUCCAUCCAUGAAGGAGAAGCGAGGAAUGUAUCCAGACAAGGAAUGACUAAAUUAAUGCUAAUUUUGUGGAAAAGUGAGAGCCCUUUUCUCUUAAAUGUAACUUAGAUGAACUUAAAAGUACUUUUAUCAGAAAUACUUCACAUAAUGACAAGGCAUUAGGUUUAAAAAUCCAUCAAUAUUGUAUCCAAGUGUGAUUAUCAUAUCCCAUUUCUUGUUUUCUAUCAAAUGUUCCUAUCUAAUAAAAUGCUGUCAGACAAAGACUGAGUAAAACAUAACUUUUAAGUGUGACCUCAGUGUGAGCCAAAUUAAACAUAAAUUGCCAUAUCCUGAUACCUGUCAAGGAAAAAAGGAAAAGGCCAUUUGUCUAUUGUAAGCUGCUGUGUACUGGAGGGAAACAAAAAGGAAAAGAACUAAAUUAAACGGGAAAUUUAUGGUUCUUUGCAAAUAGAUCAUUAAGGGAAGGUUGAUAUGAGUGAAAAGCCAACCUCCAACGACACCUACUAUCACAUAAAUUUAUAGAAUUUCCUUUAAAACAUUAAUAUUUUUUCUACUUGAUAUUUCAUCUUCCUAUAUAAUGAUAAAGGUAUGUGAUUAAGGAUGGAAAGGUGAUUUUAACACAGCAUCUAUGGUAUGGAACGCAUCAAUGCAUGCAAUUAAGUUCCUAAUUGUUAUGUGAGAUUAUAAUUGUGAUAGUUGUGUUUCUAAUAGUAAACUUGAAUUAUUUUAUUUUUGAAUUCUAUUUAAAGUUCUAUUUGUCUUGUUUUAUAAAUUUUAUAAAUAGGCUUCCUUUGAUUGUUUUUGUCCAUUUUUUUCAAUCUGUUAUUUAUUACCACUGCUUUUAAUUUUAUAUGGAUUUAUUGUAUGCAGAGAUGCCCUUUUAAAGGUGUGAAGCCUUGUGUUUUAUUUCAUUUUUUGUUGUACUGAUGUACAGAAAAUGUUCAAUAGUGUGAAUGAAUAUAAUCUCAGUGAAAAGCAACUUUCAGGCUGCCAAAGCAUGAUAGCAUGGUUUUCAGAUGUAAAUGAACUGGACACACAGAAAAUCAUGUGUCGCACUUACGUUUAACAGGAAACAUUGUACUCUGGUUAUAUUUACUGCUGAUAUUAUUAUUGUUACAAUUUAGCUUAUGGUUAUUUUCCUUCCUCUGUUUCUGGUUCUUGUAUGGUCUACAUGCAUAUUUCAACAAACAAAUAUAAUGGAUUUUAUCUUGCAACAUUUUUUAUUAUCUAUGGAAAUAUGUUUUCGCAUUUGACUUCCUAAAAUGAUACACACAUUGUAAGCAUGCCCUAUGGGACAAAUCACAUUUUUUUACUCUUGAAUAA